AUGGCGAAGCCAACUGAAGCAGGCGCGCAAGCCGGUUCCCAGGAGGAGGCACCAGAUUACGACGACGGCUUAGACACCAUCGUGGGGUGGGAUAUCAACCGCAAGGACAGCACCGUAACGCUGACGACGAAGCGCUCGACCGACAACACGGAACGAAAGGUGCCCGAGGAGCGGAUACAACGCAUUAACGAGAAAAAACUGAUAGAGUACUGGAGCUCGUUCAACCAAGCGCGCGAGGACACCAUCAAGUGCGCCACUUACCGCGUCUUUCAGAUCCUGGGCCACAAGCCGGACAAGGUGCCCAAGCUAUUAAUACACUGGGUCGGCUACACGGCCGACCCCACGGACGGAUCCGCCAGUUGGGAGCCGCUUGACGUUAUACUCCGGUCCAGCGAGACGCUCGUGCUCGAUUACCUGCGCACAAACGGCCUGACCAGGCAGCUUACGCCCGAGAAGCAGGGUCGCAGCGCCGCCGCAACAACAGCAUCAACCAGCAACACCUCAACCGCAACCACACCCGCAAGCACAACCAAACCCACAACCGCCGGCCGCGGCCGCGGCCGCCCGCCUAGGAGGACUAGGGUGUCGCCCGGCGGCGCGGCAACAGCCAGCUCAGAGGCGCCGCCCGCGACGCACGGCCGCGAGAGCGGCGGCACAGGCGACCAAAAGACAAGGGCUACCACCGCCACCACCCCCAGCAGGAGGAGCGGCCCCGGUACCCCCGCCAGGGCGAGCACGCCCUCGCCCGCAGGGCCGCCUGCGUCCGAGGAGCGCCGCCCCAGCUCCGCGACGCCCCCCGCGAAGGGCGCCCGAGGCAAGGCCACCGAGAGCGAGCAGCUCGUCAGCGAUGAUCACAUCCGGUUCCAGCUCAAUGUCGACGGCGUCGAAGUAGCCAGUUUUGCCAUAGAGCUACCACGUGGGAAGAGGAACAUAGAAAUGAAUAUUACUCCAAUGCCUCCAUCGCUUCCGUUAGGCCGCUGGAUCCCUGGCCCUGACAAGAAGCGCCGUAGAACAACGAUCUACCAAGGAGACAUUACUCGCCUCGAUGAAGGCCGGUUCCUCAACGACAAUAUCAUCUACUCAUAUCUACGAUACCUGCACUCCCUAGGGACGGAUGCCGCGGAUAGCUUCUACUUUCUCGAUUCGUUCUUUUACAGCGCGCUGAAGUCCACUAAUGGCAAAUUGAUCAACUACGACAGGGUUAAACGUUGGACGUCCAGGGUCGACAUUUUCAAGCACCGCUUUCUCGUUGUCCCUAUCAACCAAGCCAACCACUGGUGGGUUGCGGUAAUCUGCAUCCCCCCAAAUCUGGAAGAACUAAAAAUCAUUACUCUCGAUUCUCUUGGCUUAGAGCACAAACAGGAUUGCGAGCGCUUGGAGAAGUACCUACGCUGCGAGCUCUUGGAUAAAAAGAAGCUGAGAGCUGGAAUGUCUCCUACAUUUACAUUUACUGCUGGCAAGGUCCCACAGCAGUCCAACGAAUUUGAUUGUGGCGUGUACCUGAUCUCUUACGUUGAAGCCCUGCUAGCGGAUCCAGGCGGCUUCGUUCAGGCCAUCCUCGGCGGAAAGUCACCCGAUUUCACUGUAGAUGCGCCCGCUUUGAGGAGGGAAAUACGGAAGAUCAUGCUCGAAAUGCUCCCCACUCAGGAGGAGCAGGAGGCCGGGACGGCGGGCUAA